AAGAGUUGGAAGCUGAGGAGUUCGCAAGGAUUUUAAGGAGUUUUCAGAGCGAUCAACAAACCGAAUAACACAAGGCCGGCAAAAUGAAGAACCUUACGGAUGUGGUGCACAAGUUCUACAACGAGUACACGCUGAAAACGCCCAAGAAGCUGAAAGUGGUCGACGCCUACUUACUUUACAUCCUGCUAACCGGCAUCACGCAGUUUGUGUACUGCUGCCUCGUUGGAACAUUCCCGUUCAACUCUUUCCUGGCCGGUUUCAUCAGCACCGUCAGCUGUUUCGUGCUAGGAGUUUGUCUUCGUCUGCAGUCGAACCCGCAGAACAAGGAUCAAUUUCUGGGAAUCUCACCCGAACGGGGAUUCGCUGAUUUCGUGUUCGCACACGUUAUUCUGCAUCUGGUCGUGGUUAACUUCAUCGGGUAGGAACACAAAGUCCACGAAAUUAGAUUUUGUAAGCUGAUAGAGUGUAAAAUGGGGCUAAUGAAAAAUACAUGAUGAACGAGCAUGAA